AUGACCACCACUUCUCCCAACUUCGGUCCAUUAACCACAACCUUUACACCUCCAUCAGACUGUUUCACCGAGCAAUGGCUUCAGCAUAAUGUUAAUUCAACUCUUCUAGCAUGGGGUCCAACAUGUAAUGCCGGAAAGAUCGCAUUCGCAUCUUCCUGCUAUCCCAGCGGUUGGCAACGCGCAAAGGACAACGAUUCAAAUCUCAACUACAAAGCCUUUUCACCAGGUCUCGUCUGUCCGUCCGGAUUCACACCUACCUUCUCGGCUAGUCAUAUCAAAGAGACAAAAUCCUUCCUUCUAUCGGCAUACGUGACCAGUCUCGGAACAAACGAUGUUGCUACUGUCUGCUGUCCAUCCGGCUAUGACUUUGGCGGUGACCUCUGCAGAAGCAAUGCGCUCGUCCUCUCGGCCCGCCCAAUCAUAACAGUAUCAGACAGCAAAUGCGCAACUAAAACAGCACCAGACUAUAACGGCGUGAUCGGUGCACACGGCAAAACAGGCGCAGCAGCCCUGGAAGCAGCACCUGUUAUUCUAAUUCGAAACACGAUAUCCGAUCCACUGCCUUUCUCAACAAGUUCAAGUACACCUGGUAGCGGCAGCGCGGGAUUAUCGACAGGGGCGAAAAUCGCCAUCGGCGUUUGUAUUCCCGUUGCUGUUCUCAUUGCUGCCGCGGUGGUGUUCAUUAUCUGGCAUAGACGACGGAGACAACGGGUUAGGAAUAGUGGACCGGAUAUCCCAUUGCAGAACACGUCUUCGCCGUCUGUGGACCCCUUUCUUGGAAAGCCCGAGUUGGAUGGGAGUGCUGUUGGGGGGACUGUGGAGAAGCAUGAGCACGAACAGGAACAGGAACUUGAUGCGGGGUAUGUGGGGUGGAAGUCUGUGCCGGCUGAGUUGCCUGCUGAGAUGAGUCCGACGAAGACGCAGGCGGAAUUGGAUGGUGGGCAUGAGUUUGGGAAGCCUGAUGGGUUGAAGGAGGGAGAUGACCUAAGGGAAUAA